CUCCCCACACCGGGAGCUCCCUCCAGGCAUGCCCGUGCCACCGGCGUGGAGCUCGGCUGUCCUCCCCCGGGGCCACGCAGCCCGCCUGGCCUCCUGCAGCCUCUCGGUGCCGAGAGAGGAUUUCCUCAGUGGGCAUCGACUGUGCCCGAACCCCACUUUCCGGAGGCGAGGAGGGACCGCCGUAGGGACACCUCCUGCCCCGCACAGCCGCUCCCAGCCUCCGGUGCGCGGCCAGAGGCGCAGGGGUACGGGAAGCGCCGCUGCCCACACUGUCGCCCCCUCCCCUGGGUCGGGGGCUUCCGGCGGAGUGGAGAGCUGAGGCAGACGGAUGGAGAGGAUCUCUCUACCCUUCGGGGGUCCCAAGAGUGCGGAGGAGCCGCCCAGGAUGGGGGGGGGCCCGCCCGCCGUUGCUGUGCCCCCCGAGCCCUCGGCACGGCGCUCACCUGCGAGGUCUCCGCCGCCAUUUCUCCGCCCAGCCCCGACGGCAGCUGAGCACUUUUCAAACUUCAGCCCUCCCGGGGAGCAGAGCCGCUGCCGCCAGCGCCCUCUCGUGGGUGCGGGCCCGGGAGACCUGCCGGCGGGCGGCCCCGCGGGAGUGCGGAGCGUCCCCGCCCCUUACCAGCCCACCGCCCGGCCCGCCGCGGCUCCGGCUCCGGCUCCGGCUCCGUACCGGAGCUCGUCUCGCCGCCUUCGCCCUCCCCGAAGAGAAGUAAGCAGGCGGCGGGACCCGCGGCGCGCAGGGAUGGCGGCGGGAGGCAGAGAGGCGACAGGCCGGACGCGGAGAAGACCGAGUUUUAGGCUCCAUACCGACUCGUACCGGGCGUUUGCUUGCGGGUGAACGAGCGAAACGCAACUCUCCGUUAGGAGCUUCCCUGCAAGGGGCGGCGCCGGACUCCAGCGCUGCUCUCGGGCUCAUCUGUCCUCUGCAGAACUGCCCCUCUGCGUGCGGGAUCUGGCGGUUCAGCUGAGCGUUUGAGUGACAAACUAACCCAAGUGCGUUGGCAAGGCUGGCAGCAAUGCCCAGCUGCUGCUGCACUGCCAUCACGCAAGGCAGCACCGAUAGCAGCGUGACACGUGCCAGGGUUCACAAGUGAGGGAUGCUUCCUACUUCCAGGGGGUGACGACCACCGCUUCUGGGGUCCCUCCACAGCAGCACUGAAGAGCUGUACCACUGCACCAGGGCAAUUUUUCAG